UCGCCUCGCGCGACACCCAUGCAAAUGCCAUUGCCAUGCCACGAAAGAAGCAACACGACACAGACCAAAAGCCGCGGGAAUCGAGGCCGCCACCGCCAGUGCGCAGUGCGCGCGCCUCGGCUCCGGUCUUUCCCUCUCCUCUCCCGCUCCGCGCCGCGCCGCGCCGCGCCCAACACAAGAACCCGCGCGCUUCCCAGCCUCCCAGCCCAGCCCAGCCCAGCGCUGCAGCCUGCAGAGCCAGGCGAGGCGAGGAGGGCGGUGGCGAUGGCGGCGGCGGCGGAGGGGGAGGGAGAGUGGGGGUGGAUGGCGGAGGUGGCGGGGGAGGAGCUGGAGAAGCUGGAAGCGGCGCACCCGGGGCGCUUCGGCCCGCUCAAGGCCGAGCUCAAGCGCCUCAUCGCCGACCCCGCCGCCGCCGCCGCCGCCACGCCGUUCGUCUCGCCGCACAGCGACGCCACCGUCACCUCCUCCUCCUCCCAAUCCGAUUCGGUUCUUCGCAUCGUCUCCACCCAAGAGUCGUCGAGCCGGAAGAAGAGGAGGUGCGGCGGCAACGGCGGCGCCGGCGGCGAGCAGGAGGGGAAGCGGAGGAGGAGCGCGGCGGCGGCAGCGGGGAAGGACAGCGCGGAGAUGGCCAUCGAGCGGGCGGAGAGGUGCCUCAGGAGGAUUCGCGCCUUCAAGGCCAGCUUGCUUGGCUUCUCCGAUUAAACCAAGCAACAAAAAAAAAAAAAAACUUUGAAGCAAAAAAAAAGCUGGAAGAAAAAUGGCAGAUGAUGACGUAGCCACGUAGUGGAUGGGAAAUGAGAAAUGAAAUAUAUUGGCUUUAUGGAUUA